CGAUGCGGCGAGCAGGCGAAGGAGAGAAGCUGAGUCUGAGGACGGAGAGCCAACGGAGCCAGCGAGACGGGCACUGCAGCCGCUUGGAUCGGAACAUCCUGGUCCAAAAGGCUGAAGGUGCUCAGCGAGAAACAGCUGUGGGACUUUGCGGAGCCCACGCAUGGCUGAAUGUUAAAAAAGGACCUUCACGGCUGAGAAAGGAAGACAUCAGACUGACAAACCAAGUGCGCAGGUUUUCUUUUGUGAUUCCUGACAGAGAGGACAGUGACACUGACUCGGCCAUUGUCUCUGCACCGUUUCCGGAUAGAGUGAGGCUCCCUGAGGUCCUCGCCUGUCCAUUGUAUCAGAAGAGAGAAAAAAAGAAAAGUCCAGCUUGUCUACAUAAAGACCUAUUCAGCAUCAUUGCUCUUGGUCGACAAGAACAGAAUCCACCCAGAAAAGCAGUGUCCUUAGCCCCAAGCAAUUCCCUUCAUCCUUAGCCCCUUCUUCUCAAACCGCUUUACACCUAUUCCUCCCCCUCAGCCUCAAUCCACUUCCCAGCCUUAUCCCCCAUUUGAAGUCCCACAUGACAGCUCAAAAACAUCCGUUACCCUACCAAUCCACACGAGCCUCCUCUCCCUCAAGCCCCUGUGGCUCUUGGCACCAGUGCCCAUCACAUAGACAGAUGGAGCCAACCCUGACCCCUCUCUUCGCCCAUGGGGACGCCAAGAGAUUCAACGCCUGAGUAAAGGAGAGGGGCGGGGGUUGGAGUGAGAGUGAGCGUGAAGAAAAGGAACAGGAAAAGCAGGAGAGCAUCACACUGUCACCGCGGCAACACAUCACACAAUCUCCUGUGGACUCCCCAUCAGCUGUAGUCGAUGCUCUUGGAUAAAAUCACGCGCAGUGGGAAGUUCAGCCCAUGUUUUCCCCUUGGCAUGUUUUUACUUUGGGUGUUGGACAGAAAAAUCUUGCUCUAGCUGGUUUUUUGUCUGGGCAAGACGUCAUCAAAAUACUUGAUGAGGAAACCAAAGAUAUAGGAGGAAAACCAUUUUUCUAUGACAUACAGACUGAACACUAAUUUUAGAUAGAAGCGAGCACCAAAUGGAAACGGACUGAGAGAACUGAGUCAAUAAUUUGUUUCACCUGAGGAAACCAGAAGAAAGAAAUCUUGUGGGACUUCACACACUGUGGGUGUGCUUUUCCCUCCUGUUACCUGUGACAUUCAUGUAUGCGAUACAUGGCUAUUAACUUUGCACAGGAGCAUUAUCAGAUUCAUUUUCCUGAUGCCAAACUUUGCCUGAUUGGAUCCUGUUUUGUACGUUUCUCUGCAAAUGAUCAGGACUCAGAUGAACAUGCAAUGCCAGGCAACCAAUUUUAAGAGAGCCACGUUCCACAAUAAAUGAAGUACUAAUAGCCAGUGAAAUGAAUCCAGCUGGCCAACAUAACAGAGAGGGGAAUACCGGCAUCCCAAAGCUUCCCAGGUGACUGCUGCCGCCGUGGAGGGACAAACUAAAAAUUCUGCUGCUGCUGCCCGGAUUCUUUGCUUUGAAUAUUGAUGCACUAAAGGACAAUUUGUAUCCACUGGCUGUGGGCUAUAAAGAUUUUCAUUCACACAGAGGCAACCGACCUAAGAUGACUUUCUGGGACCUUUUUGUACACACCGGUGCCGAUAAGGUCCAAAUACACUGGGCUUAGAGGAGGCUUACAAAUCCUGUAGAGUUUUAGAUUUCCACCUUUAGAAUUAGGAAUAUUUUAUUUAAAUCAUCUGGAAUCUUCUUUUGUUUUUGCCACCGAGAAAUCUGAUAAAAGACCAAGGUCUUUGGUGGAUUCUGCUGUCGUCCAUAUUCAGCAGGUUGGGAGGGGGUAGCAGGAUGCCAGAGUUGGACAACUUUUCUCCUCAGAAUGAAGACAGAAGCCCAGAUCUGGGCCUUAACGGUCCAGCGGACCCAGCCCAAAUUCAGCACAGCAUCCUUGAGGAGCAGGUGGAGCUGUGGUGGUUCAGAGACCCUGGGCGGUCUUUACUUUGCUACUGUGUCUCGGUGCUCCUAAUCCUGGGCUGCGGACUUGGAGGCGUCGGCCUUCUCUCCACCACCACCAGCGUAUCGAGCGAAUGGCGGCUCGGCGCCGGCACGGCCCUGUGCUUGUUGGCCCUGGGUGUCCUGCUCAAGCAGCUGCUCAGCUCGGCCGUGCAGGACAUGAACUGCGUCCGCAGUCGACAUCAGAUAGACAUGCUGAAGAGCGGCGGCUUGUCCGACAUCUUGGUGGUUCUGAUCACUGGGAUGUCGCUGUUGAUUUGUGGAGGCGUUCUCCUGCAUUUGGCGCUGGUUCACCAUAUGCCGAAGCCGGGCCAAGCCCUCAAUGACAUGUACAUUUCUGGAAUGGUUUUGCUGGUGGGUGGAGGAGGUGCCGUCGUUGGCGUUGGAAUAUACACGGUGGUGGCUGUCCUGCUGGGGAGGUCGAGGCACGGACGGAGACUUGUAGAUCGAGUUCUCAAUGUGUUUACUGUGUCUGGACACAUGGACCACCACGCUCGCAGGGAGACCGCCUCCAGCUUGGCCAACCUCAUAUGAGGUCUGACUGCAGUGAAGCCAUGUUGGAUGGCUCCUCUUCCAACUUUAUUGGAGAAAAUUUAACCUGAACUAUCAAAGGAUUUACAAAAAAAAAAAACAAGAUUCAUUAUUUUCUUCAUUCAAAUGUGCAUGAAAGAAAAAUGAAAACAUUUGGGAAAUUUAAUGAAGCCAAUGGAUUACAGAGUAAAGAUCAAAUAUUUUAUAACAGUGAAGCACAAUGAUGACAAUAAUACAAAUAAUACAGUUGAAAUUAGUUAUUUACAUACACUGUAUAAAAAGACAUAACUAUUUUAUGUCAUCGUAAGUCAGCUAAGACAACAUUAUUCAUGUUUUUCUUGUUGCGUUUAUCAAAGUCAGAAGUUCAAAAGGAACUUUAAACAAUUUGAGAAAUUAUUUCAUGGCUUUGGAAGCAUCACAAGAUUGAAUAAAAACAAGACAACAGCUAAAACCUGGUGUGACAUUGUGGACAAUGAAUGGAAAUUUGUCAAAAUAUCAGGAAAAGAAUGGGCCGCCCUGUCUGGUUUACACGUUUGGUACCAUUUACUAGUUACAAAGUGAUCAUGACGAUAUUCUGGAACGGCCAUCGUACGCUCCUGAUUUUAAUCCCAUUAUAAGUCACCCAGAAUGUUUGAGACAACUUAUUUGUGGUAAAAGAAAAUUGUACCAAAUACCAUGGAAAUCUACAUAAACCUCUGAUAUAAACAAAGUAAAAAAAAAAAAAAACAAUGUUUAAAUAAUAUGGAAAUGAGCAAAACAAAAUUAUUUCAGUUAUUCUUAUUUGGAAGAUAUUGAUCUGCUUUAAUGUCAGUGAGAAAAAAAUGGUUAUGUAUCUUUUUAUACAGAGUAGCUACAUAUCUGGUUGGGACUGUACAUACUUGUAUAUUAAUAUUGUUGAAAACAUUUAAAGUGUAUGAAAUCUGGCCUUUAAUUCUGUUUAUUUAUGUAUAGAAUCUCUGCCAACAUUGGUACAACUGAUGAGAAGUUGGUGUUAUGAAGAGCAUCAACUUAAAGUAGAAAGGGGACAUUUUUUUAAUAAGAGGAUGAAUGUUAUUUUAAGUGAUUCUGAAUAUUCAGAGAGAAUACAAAAAUUUACAGUUCAGCACGUUGCAACUGUGGCAGCAGCUGUUGCUAUGAGCAGCAGCUAAAUGGAUUGUAAUAAAUGUCUUAAAAGUAA